AGGGUACAAAAGAGAGCCAGGGAGAGGUGGAGCGGACAGCAGCGGCAGCCUCUGCCUCUCCAGCGGGCAGAGGGACAGGGGCGCUCUCCUUCACCUUUGCUGCCCUCACCCUGUCUAUUUAUAGGAUUUCCUACUCCCCCACCCCACUGGAGAGGGUAAGAAAACCCGUCCUUGCAGCUUCCCCCUGCGCUGCCGGAUCCUCUGCAUUUCCCAAGCCGAGCAGCAGAGCCUCGCAUCGGAUCCUCAGUGACAAGGAGGAGAAAAGGUUACAGAGCCAGCUGCCGAGCUCCCCCGCUCUCUCCCUCCUCGGAUGGGCGGAAAGAACAUGAGCAGGACAAGUGGAAACUCUCUCUUCUGGGUUUUCUCCUACCUCUGCCUGGGGACGUUGGUUUCCCCGACGGAUGCCAAAGGGACCUAUUACCACCACCCCGCCCCUGUCUCUUACAGUAACCGAUACAAUCUUUAUACCUCAGGAUCUAGCCCGCAGCUCAGCCCCGGGAAGCCCAUGGGGAAGCACAAGAGCUACUGUGCGUAUGUGGUGCAGAGAAAUGUGACAUGCACCCUGCAGGAUGGGGUGGAGAGCUACGUGAAGGCAGAGUAUCACAAGUGCAGCUGGGGGCCCAAGUGCCCCGGGAAAGUCCUGUACCGCACCUUCUACAGACCCAAGUACAAGAUUGGCUACAAGACAGUGACUGAGCUGGCAUGGAGGUGCUGCCCAGGACUCAUGGGAGAAGGGUGUCAUGACAGCCCUACCGAUCAACCAGGCCUGCUGCCCCAGCGCCCCAGCCCUAAGAUUCCUCCUGGUCACAAGAUGUUUCCAGGUCCUAGAGUUCCUCCCCAUCCCCAAAUCCACCCUGAGCCGUUUCCAGGUCCAAAGAAGAACCACUAUGGCAGGAAGAUACCUGGCAUCUUUGGGGACAGGCUGGACCGGCUGGAAGAGGAGGUAAGGCGCCUCUCGCAGUCCUACGACAGCCUGCACAAUGUGGUGAGCGGGCUGGGGGACCACCUGCGUCUGGCCAUCCAAGAGGACACCAACAAGAUGAUCGGGUCCCUGAUGAACAGCCCAAGUGUGCCUGACUCAACGGUGGGCUUUGGGGUCAUUCCUGAUGGGAUUGUGGAUGUGGCUGACAAAGCAGACAUCGCCACCUAUCCACCCGUGGGUGAGAUCCUAGCCAAGGUGAGUGAGGUGAGUGAUGUGCUGAAGACCAAGACAGAUUUGCUCAAUGAGGUGCAUGGCCUGGUCCUGGACCAUGAUGGGCAGAUCAAACACCUGCUGGAGUCAGCUAGGCCAUCACCCCUCACCUCCAUUGACAUGUUGGAGGAGUACAUGGACACCCGGCUGAGCAACCUGCGAGCAGAGCUGCUGGAUGGCUUUGAGAAGAAGCUGGUGAAAAUCCAGAGCACAUGUGACUUCAGGAUCAAGGAGGUGCAACAGCAGUGUGAGGAGGAGAAAGCUGCCAACUUGCGGCUACAGCAGACCCUGGACGGCAAGGAACUGGAAAUCAAGAAGGAGAUCUCCCAGCUGGAGACCCAGAUCCAAGGGUUGACAGUGGUGGAGAGCUGCUGCGGCAACCUGAACUACCUCACCGAGCGCAUGGACAUCCUGGAGAAGGGCCUACACAGCAUCUCCGAGUCCCAGAAGAACCUGCACUCGCAUCUCAAUGGUGAGUUCUCCACUGUCACCCUGGGGAGCCUUGUUGAAGGGCGCUUUGAGGACCUGGAGGUGAGGCUCAAUGCUACAGGGAGAGAGACUGGCAGCUGCUGCUCCAGCUUGGAGGACAGCAUGAUGGGCCUUGUGGGGUCAGAGUUGGACGGUGUGAGGACCUCAUUUGAGGACAAAAUGAGGACCUUGGAGGACAGGUUCAUGACCAUUGUGGGGGAGCUGAGCAAUGUCAGCACCCCAGCAGGCCUGGAUGGAGCCGUGAUGCCCUUGCUGGAGGGAGAGCUUGCCAACGUGAGGAAGCAGACAGACGAGAGACUGGAGGUGCUGCAGAGCCAGCUCACCACCCUGGAGAACACCUGCUUACUGGGCUGCGCCUCUGCUUCCAAAGAUGUGGAGACCUUUCGGACAGAAAUUGAGGACUGCCAGAGCAAGAACCAGGAUCUGCUGCUCAGAAUGGACAGUAACAACGACCUCCUGCGCAAGCUGAACGCCACCAUCCUGGAGAUCCAGAGGCGGAUUGAUGAGGAGGCAGCCGGCUCCCUGCAGGGCGAGAUCACCCUGCUCAAGAUCAACCUGAAUACUGUGAGCAAGUCACUGACAGGGCUCAAGGACUCCGUCUCCCAGUACUCCAACACCGUGCUGCACGUCAACUCUUCACUGGACGAACACGAGCGCAAGAUAGAGGACGAGGUGCACUCCAUUCAGGAGAAGGUCAGCGACCAAGGCUCGCAGCUCAUCUUCAGCAACAAGCGCGUCCUUAACCUGAAAGGCGACCUGGAGAGACUCAAAGCCAGGAUCGUGAAUGACCUAAGCAACUGCAAGAAUGCCGCACACGACCUGCAGAAGGAGGUGGACCAGUUUGACAGCCGCGUAGCCCAGGUGGAAAAUAUGUGCGGCGGGCUCGGUGCCAUGACGGGGAGCCUGGACGUCAUCCGCGAUGAGCUGGAGAAGCACACAGGCAGCCUGUGGGGCUACAUGGACCAUAUGAACGGGACAUUGGCCGCCCACUCUCAGGAAAUAACUGUACUGAAGGACAACUUGCUGGAUUGCCAGGCCAAAGUGACAGAGCUGGCUGAACAGGUCACCCACUUGUAAGGCGCUUCAGAGGGGAAGCAGCAUUAGCUAUACUGAAACCCACCUCUCUUUAUCCUUGAAGAACAGAACUAACUUAUAUCACACAGACUCUACUGUGACAAUGGGUUUUUUUUAAAAAAAAAAUAUAUAUAAAUGGAAAGCUGCUAUAAUCCCUUCUCCCAUUUCUUUAAUUUUUUUUUCUUGCCUGAGAAAAGUGAAAUCCUACAGCCCAAGUCGACCCUUUGCCAUUACUGAACUGGACUGGACUUGACUUCCUUCUGGUCACUUAGCAGCUGUCCUAACAAUGUAGCGAGAUGCCUGGUCAUAGCUGGGUGGUUGUUAUGUAGCUAUGACCCAGGAAUGACAAUUCAGGACCAAGCUCAAGGCAGAAUCAUUUUGGAGGAUUGAUUGCUUCUGAAAGAAUAAAACUCUGUAUUUGUGAGGCAGGAUGGACAAACUCUGUUCCUAAAGGAUCACAUGCAUCUUACCCACUGGGGCAAAGAGAUAGUCAGGGACCUGCCUUUGCAACACCCACAGGGGACAUUUGGAUUUUAACAGGGAAAAUUCCCUCUGUACCUUGGGGAAUUUUAUUCCCCUUUUUGAUACAACGGCUUCCAUUCUAUUCAGCUGAACCCAGGUUUCUGUCUCACAACUAACGCCUAAGCCAAUUUAAAAUUAAACGCAUUCCCCACCCAGCCGUUUUGACAAGUAUCAUAGGGGGAUAUGCAUUAAGACAACAUAUGUCUAUACAUAAGCCUCUUCCUCCCCGCCUACUCCAGAGUGCAAUGCCUUUGUUCAGCUUCCUCCAUCUUACCAGUUGUGCUAUGGAGCAUACAGUGUGCCCUGUUAGAGAUUCAACUAUUUUAAGCGUGGCAUUUUGUGGGAGAGCAUUUUAGGACUGUACUGGGCCUGAAUUUAAUAAGAACAAUGGGUGCUGGGGGUCCUGUGUGUUUGCAGACCAAGGACUGCAAAUUGGACACAACCCUUUGCUCGUUGCCUAAGUCACAUUGGAACCUAGGUCUCCAAAGAUGAAAAGCCAGGGUAUUAAGCCAUGAUGCCCCCCCAACCCUGGGGAGUGAGUUAAGCAAUAAUGCGGCAGUAGAUAUGUGCAGGUGCUCUUGUCCCAUAAAUGGCUUUACUGCCCAAGAUGCUCCAGGUGUAGAUUUGGAGAAAUAGGAUUUGUGUAUUCCCAGACUGCACAGGGCAAUGGGUGUGCAUGCUCACUAUCCCAUGGUCACGCAGACAGGAGUGGGCAACUGGAAUCACAUCCACUUCACAUACCACAGGGCCGCUGAAAGCCUUCUUGUCUAUGUGACUUCCCUAGGGAGGGACUUCCUUUACCAAGAGCAGGCAGGAGGUAAGGUAAGGGGAUGUCUCUCACAGUGCCUUUGAAAGCAGAACCCUUCUGGGGGUUGGGUGUAUUAAUCAAGGGAAGCUCAACUCAGCAGUAUCAUUUGGGAGAUCUCCACAUUUCACCCAGUUUUCCAUCUGGGCUGGAUGAGGCACAAAGGGACUCAGUGAAGUGUCAGAUCCCUGAGUGGGUCUGGUGAGCUAGGAAUGGGGAUUCACCUCACAGUGGAACCAGGAGGUGACAGGGACCUCUGCUCCCACGUCUGGGCCAUUUCACAGCUCUAAUUUAAUCUCACACUAGGCCUGCUUCAGUUCCUCUCUGCACCAGCUGCCACCGCAGCCCUAGGCCCUGACUUUCCUCACCAUCGCUCUCUUCCACUCAUUCUCAUCCUGUGUCUCCUCCUAUUACCACAUUUCUUCCCUGUAACCCAUUGCACCAGAGUGUCAGGCACAGGCUGAAACUGGGCUCUGAAGAAUUUGCCCCCUUUGCUCCAUUUCCCCAUUAAGCACAUGGUAGCAGCUUGCCACAUAGGAUGUUUCCAGCUGUUCUUUCUCAUGUGAUACAGCUUUAAUGCGACCCCCGGCCUGGGAGGGAAGAGCAUUUCCCCUUUAGCUGUCUCAACCCAGACAAGUAACUUACACACUGGAAGCAUGGAGCAGCACAGAUAGCCCUCUACAGCAGUGGUUCUCAAGGAGGGGUCUGGGGCCCCCUGGGGGGCCAUGAGCAGGUUUCAGGGGGUCUGCUAAGCAGAGCCAGUGUUUGACUUGCUGGAGCCCCAGUCAGAAAGCCAAAGGCUCACCAUGAGGCUGAACCCUGAUACCCCCGACCUGAGGUGAAGCUGAAGCCUGAGCACCUUAGCUUUGCAGGAGACCCUGUAGUGUGGGGCCCACAUGACCAAUUAAGAGGAAGAUAAAUCUCCUACUAUCAAGCUUAUCUAUAGCCGGCGUGAUAGUCUGCAUUUUCAAAUAGCAAGUGGCUGAGGGGAGCAGCUCCCUGGAGGUCAGAAGGAAAGUAGGAUGUUAAAGCUAACACAACUGGGGAGGGGGAAUAGUUUCAGAUGGGGCAGAGGGAGAAGUGGUGGGGAGGCAUGUUGAUCUCUCAGAAAUGGUGCUAUAUUUGAACUCCUUUCCGGCCAAUCACUUGAAGAGGUCUAUGCUUGGACUCGAGUUUAAAACUAAGUAACAUGGUGUUUAAAUGGGCAUUUGUUGCUUUUGCAGGAGGAAUCUGAUUGUAUCUGCAUCUUUGCUCCCUUUGGAGGCAUGGGGAUUCUGGAGCAGUUGUGAAAUCCUAUUAAAGUCCAUUUUGAAUUGUUUUUUUAAAAACUUUGUACAUUUGUUCAGAUGUUAAAGCUGAAAGACAGUUUGUACUAAGAACAAAAAAUAAAACUUCUUGCUGAGGUUUCUGGUAUCAAACGACUCCCUUAGAAUUAACAGAGAAGUGCAAGCACAGGGCUUGGCUCACCAAGCAAGGCAGCCAGGAUUGAGACAUGAGUUAUUUUCCAGAACAAGUUGUUUGAGGGGUGGAAGCUGUGUGGAGGGAGGGAGGAUUUGCAGCCUUGUUCAGUCCAUGCUAGUAGAAUUGCUGUAGCAAUCGUUACAUGUAGAAUGUGCUUUAGAAAGAUGUUUUUGCUCACAGGAGCCUGCAGUAUUUGGUAUUCUCCUGUUUCUAUUUAUUUCAUAAUUAGGUGUAUACG